AUAAUUGAUCGAUAGUGUCUUCUAAAAGAGUAUGUGACAUCAGAUUGUUUGUCGCUAAAAUAGCUGUACCUAAUUGAUUUUUUUUCACACAAAUUCAGUUAUAUAUUAAGUUAUUUUGUAGGCUUAACAAUCAGUUUAUUUUUGUGCGUGGUAUUCUUUACAAAACAUUUCCGAAAUCAAUAUUUUUAUUUAUUCAUUCAAGAAAAUGGAAUUUAUGUACUACUCCAUCUUCUGCAUUACUGCUGCCCUUUCAACCCACAGUCAACCAAUUCCCGAUGGCUCAAAAACAAACUUAGGUCUUUGGAACACUAGAGGCGUACUUCUUAUACCCCUGGAAGCAAUUGUAUACGAAAAAUUGCCAGUCCACAGAGUAACCAAGCGACAAGUUGUGCCUGACAUAGGAACUAUAGACGAUUCUGAAGAGGAAGUUGUUUUUGACGCCGAAAACUUUGUCGAGGACCAACCCGUCAGUGAUUCUUCUGAUGAUUCUGGGAGAUAUUUCUAUAGACAUUUUCGGCCGGUGCAUCCCCUAUCUAACUACGCUGAUGGUUAUGACGAAUUUCCCACCACAUUUUAAUUGCGACCAGAGGGAUUCUGGAAAAAACAGCCAUACAAUCCAAACAUCUGAUUUUUUCAACUAUGAAAGUGUGUGAUUUAAUUUUAAUGUUAUAUUUAUUAAUAUUAGUAGUCUUUUAUAUAUUUAUGUUAUUCUAGUCAUCUUUCCAAAUGUAUCAAUAUAUAAAAUGGUGAAAGUAAAAUACUUCAUUUAGUAUGAAUUUGAUUGUUAAUUUGUUUGUCGAGACUGGGAAGUAUCACACCGUUAGAUGUACAUCUAUUUAUAAGUCAAAACUGUUUAUUUGUUAAAUAUAUUAUGUAAAGCAAAAUUUCACGUAUUUUUCAACCUUCCUGUGAAAUUAUAUCCAAUUAGAACUAUUACACACUUAUUGUGAACUGAGAUAUAUUUUCUGAACAGAAAUGUUUAGGGCAAAUAAAAAAAUUAGAACGUUUUGAA